AUGCAGGUUCAACCAAAUCCGGAAAGCCCGACGUCGAGAAGGCUGUCACAAAUCGACGGACUGCUCGCCGGCUUCAACGUUCUUGCGUCAGAUUGCCCUAUUGACAGGCAAAAGCAACCAUGGGUUCGUCUAGAAGAACUCCGUGGUGACAUGCAGCGCCAAUGGGAGCAUCUGAGAGAUGUACCCCUAGCUGUGGAUGAUCUAGAAGGCUUCUGUGAGACUGCGCUUUUUGCGUAUCGGAACGCCUUGGCUGGUCUUGUGCCUGUUGAUCUUCCCAAGGUUGUUGGGCUUUGCAGCCUGUCAUAUGCCGUGUCACGCAUUCUCGAGCGUGACGGAACGUCGCCGUCGGAGACUUUUCUAGACGAUGUUCAGGUCUGUCUAAAGUCUGUGGAAAUGGAAGAAGACCGGCAGAUGAUUGAGGUCGUCAUGGCAAAGACUUGGCCCGUUCAAGCUGAUCAAGACUCUCAUGUCGGGAGCGGCACGAUGGCCACUCACCAGGACCAAGACUGGGCUUACUAUCCAAGCAGUCAUGCAUCUACUUACCCUAGUGCCACGUCUUCUGAACCAUGGCAGAUACAGGCCACCUCUUGCCUACCGUACAGUUCAACGGCCUCUGGGUUUGGUGGCCUAGUGGGUGGUCUGCCUGUGUCCGCCAACUGGGCUCAAACCACACAACGCCCCUUUGAGCAGUUUGACGCGGCAGUCGACACUGCUGACUAUCUGCCUCUCAGUUUGAUUCCAAUACCGUCUGCACCAUGGCCGGGUCCAGAUCAAGUCGGGCUGCAGGUUGGAUCCUAUGGUCAACUGGAAGCCACAAGCCAACAAACGGCAGUGUCUUCCGCCCCCAGUGAUCGUCCACAGCAUCUCCAAGACACAGAGCUGUUCAAGGCCAUUGGAAGCUUUCUGGAUGGCUCGUCCGACUUCUUGGUGCUCCUCUCUGGGAACGGAGUAACCGCUAAGAACCUGGAUUCCUGUCUCUCCUCCAACCAGGAACGGUCGACGGACAAGGAAUGCCUUCAAUCACUGUACAUGGACCCUUUACUCAAGAGGCAAGAGUUUUCGCAAGCUCCAUGCUCGACUAUUCUCUCAAUUACGAAGAAGUUUGUCGGCUAUGGCUUCCUACAGAGCGUUGACGAGGCUCAGUCCUACAUGACGGCGGUCGCAAAGGAAUGCCGUUGCAGCGCGCCAACCAAAAAGGGUUCUGUCAAGUGCCCCGACUGCAACAAGAUUUUCCCCAGAAAGUGGAACAUGAAAAGACACCAGAAGAAGAAUCAGUGCCCCGCCAGCCGGGCAGCCGGUGGGCGGUAG